AACCCCCCCCCCCCCUCCCCUCCAAUCGGUCGAGCUAUUUACAUGCAGAUAGUUUCUUGGAGUCUUUUCGAAUUGAAUAUCGUUGGAUUACGUGAACGGAGAAAAGAGGAACGGGAAUUAAAUUUAGAGGAUCGUCUGACAGGAUAAACCCUAUUUCGCGUUUGUUUGCUAAAUACCAACUGCCUGGACCUGGUAGUCUCUUGAUCUGUCCUUUUAGGGUUUUCCUGAUGAUCAGCAGAAAUGUUAGCUUGCAUGCUAGAUAGCUACUUUAGAUAUACCAGACCAACUACAGUACCCAAAUCUUCCAUCCAUCCAAUACGGUCUUUAUGAAGUGCUGUGCUACAAUGGAUGAAGAAGAGUGGAACCAUCUAUACUUUAUCCUGUUCGACCCUGGGUAAUCUGCAAUGGCUGCACUAGAAUCUGUUCAUGAAUCGACACGAUGAAAUGUUCCCUGUAGUCUGUCCAGGAGGAGGGUGAACUGAGAGCAGAGUAAAUCCUUCCACACGUGCUGUGUUUGUGUUGGUCUAAACACUGGGUUUACACUGGGUGAAGAUGAGGAGCACCACCUCCAGAGGGCCAUCUCUGCUCAGCAGGUGUACGGGGAGAAGAGGGACAGCAUGGUGAUUCCUGUCCCCGAGGCGGAGAGCAACAUCGCCUACUACGAGUCCCUCUACCCCGGGGACUUCAAGAUGCCAAAGCAGCUCAUUCACAUACAGCCUUUCAGCCUGGACACAGAGCAGCCAGACUACGACCUGGACACGGAGGACGAGGCGUUUGUGACCAAGCUGAAGAAGAAGAUGGAGAUCACCUUCCUGCAGUUUGAGGAGAUGAUCGACCGUCUGGAGAAGGGCAGCGGCCAGCAGCUGGUGAGCCUACAGGAGGCUAAGCUCCUGCUGAAGGAGGAUGAUGAGCUGAUCCAGGAAGUGUUUGACUACUGGAGCCGCAAGAGGAAGUCCUGUCAGAGCGGCACGCUGCACCCCAGCGUCAAGCAGGAGAGGAGGGACGGAUCCAGCACCAGCGACCCCUACGUGGCCUUCCGCCGCCGCACGGAGAAGAUGCAGACCAGGAAGAACCGCAAGAACGACGAGGCGUCGUACGAGAAGAUGCUGAAGCUGCGGAGGGACCUGAGUCGAGCCGUCACCAUCCUGGAGAUGAUCAAGAGGAGGGAGAAGAGCAAGAGAGAGCUGCUGCACCUCACCCUGGAGGUGGUGGAGAAGAGGAACGGCAUGGCCGACUUUGGCGGUGAGAUCAUGGCGGAGGUGUUGGCCCAGAGAGCCCUGGCCAAGCCGGCCUACUCCGUCCCCCUGGUGCCCCUGACCAACAGCAACCAGUACCGACACCAGGACCACAUGGACCUCAAAGACUACAAGUCCAAGCCUGAGAAGACAGAGGUCGUCCGUCAGAAGAGGAAAUACGAGAAGAAGCCCAAAGUGUUGCCGCUGUCGUCUGGGGCCGCACACCACGCCGGGCCCUCGGUGUUCAACCCUAAAGACCUGAACCAGUACGACUUCCCCAGCUCUGACGACGAGCCCUACUCCCAGAUGCACUCUGGCUCGUCCGAGGCCGAGGAGGAGAACGACCCAGACGGUGCCUACGCCUUCCGCAGGAAAGCAGGCUGCCAAUACCACACUGCCCGGUCGGAGCGGGGCGGCAGCUGGCCGUGGUGCGGCCCGGCGGAGGGGGGCCCGGGGGACAAGCGGUACCGCUACUGCCUCACCACGCUCACCGUGCCUCGACGCUGCCUGGGCAUGGCCCGGCGACGCCAGGGUAGAGGGGGCAGGGUUCUGCUCGACAGGGCACACACGGACUACGACAGCAUAUUUCACGGGCUGGAUUCGGAAAUCCUCGACCGGCCUCCCCUCUCUCCAGUCCACAAGUUCUCCAGUACCUCAGAAACGAAUACCUCGGACCGACCUUCGUCAAACUCUUCCUCCUCCCCCUCCUCCUCUUCGGACCUCAGUCAGUUACUCUUGAAUAUAAAAGCGUGUCGCUGGAGGCACUUUAGGCCACGGACACUACCACUGCACCACCUAGACAAUGCAGACCCGCUCUUUAGGAGGCUGAGCCGGGGUUUGAUUCGAUCCACCUCCUCUACCUUCGGGGCCCAGGCGGGAGGGUCUGCUUCUCAGGGGAGAGGAGCCCCUGUUCCCACCCCUGUCUCCGUGUUCACAGCCCAGCAGUACCAGCAGCACCAGGAGCAGCUAGCUCAGAUGCAGCAGCAGCAGCAAGAACAGAUGCAGCAGCAGGCUAACAGGACCUCCACCACCAACAGCACACAGGGUCUGGUGUCUAAGACGUUAGACUCGGCCAGCGCCCAGUUCGCAGCCUCGGCCCUGGUCUCCACAGACCAGCUGCUGACCCUCAAGACCAAGGAGGAGGGGGUUCUGGGAACAGGAGUCAACGGAGUCCUCUCGCCCUCAGGUGUCUACAAGGGCCUGCACCUCUCCAGCACGCCCUCCCCCACCUUCCUCCACCCCUCCUCCACGGUCGCCCAUAGCAACAACAACGGCACCCCCCACCCCCUCUCUUGCACCACCACCACUCAGGUUCUGACGGGGAACGGCAGCAACCUCCGUCUGAGCGCCAGCGCCGCCAACGCCGCCGCCGCCGCCCUCAGCAAGCGGCACCACAUCCCCCGGGCGCUCAGCGCCGUGUCCACAUCCGCCUUAAAGCUGGCCGCCAGCGCCAACUGUCAGAUGCCCAAGGUCACCGCUGCCACGGGGGGCCUGGACAUGGGGCCCAGGGAGAGUCUGGACCAAGACAAGCCACCCCUCAACAGCCUAUCAGACAACACAGUGGCCAUGGAAGUGACGUAGCCCCGCCCCCCACCCCGAGACAGCUGGGACCCCGGGGGGGAGGGGGGGGGGGGCCAGGUCAGGUGCUAUGCAUUGUGUCAGAGAGAGAGACGCGUUGGAUGGACAGGAAACGGGCGAGGCACGCAGUUUCCGUGGCAACCGGGGUGGGUGGAGGGGGGGGAACUUAAUUGCAAUGCUCGUCUUGUAUACACACACACAAUUCUGCCCACCUCCCCCCUUCUCCUAUUCCCUAAUUUGUUUUUGUUUAUAAGAGAUAUCAAUGUCUGUAAAUUAUGAAUAUUGCAAUUAUAUGUACAGUACUGCAUAUUUGUAAUGCCCCCAAACCCCUUGUGUACAUGACAUGACUUGAAUACAGAAUUUGUUCAUAUGUGAUGUUUUUGCACUUGGGAUGAAAUUAAAAAGAAGAAGAAAAAAACAGUGACAUACUGGCAGUGGUGUGAGUCAUGCCCAUCAUGGAUGUUAUCGCCCGGGUGGACCCUCACGUUUGAUCUAUUUAUUGUGCCGUGUUUACAAAAGAAAACAAAACAAUUUUGUUUGUUUCUUUUACCUUGUUUUUUGUAUGUUGGACCAUCAUUGGCUCCCGUGCUGUGGUUAGGGUGUAGAUGUGAUGGAUCUGAACUUGUCUGUCGUUUUGUACGUGGUGAACACUGGCGGGCUAUCGGUAGGUGGGUUAUGUGGAGUCAGUCAGUGUUGGAGUGUGUACGUGGGGGUGGAGAGGAGAGGUUUGGUGAAGUUCUUAUCGGUUUGUCAGUGAGUAAUCAUUAUUGCGACGAUCUACCAUUCAAAAGUUCUGGAGACCAGUAACAACACAGGAUGUCUCUUUUCAGAAGUAAUGCAGCUUCUGAAGAUUUAAGCACUUUUUCUUUUUUUCUUUAUAAUUUUUUUCGAUGAUUCCCCUGCACCCCCACACAUUUUGUGAAAGAAAUCGAGUUAUUUUUGUAUCCCUCUUUUUGGAUAAUGAUUUUAUGUUCCUCAUAGAAAGACUUCAUUCUGUUGUUAUUCUAUUGUUCUAUUGUUCCAUUCUAUUGUUGAACCAAACAGGAAAGAAAAAUAACUAUAAGGGAUAAUAAUGCAGUAACCAUUCUACAUUUUUAUCAUUCCAAUUUAUACUUAAUGAAAAAGAAACAUGUAUAUAACAAAAAACAAUAAAUCUUUUUGUUCUUUUUUUCCGAUAUUUCCAGAAGGCUGCAAGACCUUGAAACACAAAAUAAAGUUUCUUGGUGCCUUUCUCUGGAGCGAGAAUUUUUUUUUAAGAAUAAAUAAAACAUGAGCUCUCUUCUGUGAAGAGUCUGGUAUUGAACAAGACUACAUAUAGAUUGAUGUCUGUACCACAUCCUGAACGCCUGUUCCUGUGGCCUGAUUGGUUCAUGAGGUUUGCAUUUGUAGACCCCACAUUCAAAGAGGGAUAAAAGAAAAGACACAUCAAAUCAAUACAAGAAAUAAAACAAACCUCCAGGGCAUUAUUGUGUUUGGAACA